UGUUCUACAUUGGAUUCAUUCUGAAGACCAUGGAUACUCCAUAAUAUCGUACCAGGCCACCAAAACAAACCCACGAUGCCGACCACAACGUUACCGGGUGGCAUCAAGGUGUACGUGGCGCAGUCAGCGGACAAGACCGAGAUCUCGCCGGUGUAUGACGACGACUCGCCCCGCGGGGACUACCCGGUGGUGCGCGGUGUGGUCAGGGGAACGUCGGCCGGGGGCACCGAGAAGAGGAAACGGACUGACCGGGUUCACACGCCGAAAAUACGGGAGAAGUCUUCCAGAAACCUCGUGAGCCAGCCAAGGAGUGAAGACGAGGGGGAACUCAGAAUAGCCCAGAGAUACAGGUCUUGCGCAGAGGAAUUCAAAUCUUAUCACAAAGAACUCCAAGCCAGCGAGCGGAACCUCAAACGCCUGGGAGCCGACAUCAACGAACGCGAACGAAGCCUCAACGAGACCUACGAGAACGUCCAAUACGGCGAGAGGGACAUCGAACUCCUAUACGAGACCCUAACCUCAUUGGAGGACACCGUGUCCAAUAACUUUCACGACGAAUUCAAAAAGAUAACGGACGAAUCGAAAGAGCUUCCUCCUAUCAACGGUGUGUUCAAGCCACAUCCUACCAUAGCAGACAUAGACGAAAGAGUUUACCAUGACAAAUUUGCCGACGAUUGCAAACGGGUGGUCGAAACCAAAGGACAGUACAUCGAAGAUUCUAGAAGACUCAUGGAGUUAAAAGACAAGUACAUCGCAGCUGCUAGACACAUUGCUAAGAAAAAGGAACUCUACAUGAGAGAUUUUCACAGAGUCGCGGAAAAGAAAGACCGGUACAUCGUGGAAACGCACAGAGUUUCGGACGAGAGAGAGAAAUACAUCGACCACGUCAAGAAGUUGUUGCAGGAAGCAGAAACGUGUGUGCAAGAGUUGACUCACAAGAUAGACUACUACAAAUUUCAGGCGGAUUUGUUGAAAGACAAGAACGUGGAAUACUACAAGAGAACGCACAAGGCUGAGAUGACUCUCGCGAGGACAUCAAGAGAAAGGGACGAGGCCAGAGAUCUGCUGAAAAAGGCCAAGUUAGAGAAGGACAGGUUUGUGUCAGAAGACUACCGAGGCCGACAGGUUAUACAUAAAAUGAGGGAGGAAAUGGCGAGACAGAAGAAGGAACGAAAAGCGCUGGAACACAACAACAAGGCUCUGAAGGACGAGAACAGGAGAUGCGAAGAGAGAGUGAACUUCGCGGAGAACGAGAUGUCAAAAAUGAGCGAGAUGAUCAGACAGAUGGGCAUGGAGUCUGACAAGCGGGUCAAGAGAGUACAGAUGGAGAAAGAAUCCAUGGAACAAGAGAAGAAGCUUGUCGAGUUGUCCAAGAAAAGACUUCAGGAGAAGAUGGAGAGGAAGGUGGGCGAGGUGCACAAGAUCGUGCGCGCCAGGGAGAAGGAGAUCGACAUGCUAUUGGUCAAGAUCAAGGCGCAGGCCAACGUCAUCACCCAGCUGCAGGGACACCUAGACUCCAAAAAAGGCGAUGGCCGUGCGCCAACGACACCUGCCGAGAAGAGCAAGAAGCGCAUCGGGCAAACCUAACCACCUGUUCAAUGGCGUUUUGAUGCUGGUCGAUAGAAGAAUACGAAUGUGGAAGAUUACAAUGGACAUUAAUUCCUCAAGCAGUAGUUAUAUUUGAAAAUAUAUGUGUUACUUGUAAUGUUAUCCAAUUCAUAUAUACUAUAUUCACGAGCAAGAAAAGAUUUUGAAAUGAAAAUGCUGCUACUACAUGUAUGUACAGUAUAUCAAUAUGUUCUCCUGCUUCUGCAUAAACAAGUAUUAUUAUUAGCUUAAAACAUAAACAACGCCAUGACAGCGCCUUCCGUUCAGGCGAACCAAGAUAUCCAUGACCGAUAUUUUAGUCCAUGUACUAGUAUGUGUAAACAGUUUUGUCCCCUAGAGAGAAGUUAUAUAUAAUUAGUUUCUUGUUCGCGCACUUGACAUUCGAGGUUUGACCAUUCGUUGCAUUAUUGUUGUUUAUAUUGGAAUAAAAUACACAGAACAAAAUAAAAGUCCUUGACGACCUUCAUAUAGUUUUUACAGAACUAGGACAUAUAGGUGCUCUUUUGUCCGACGUAUUACUUCUGAAAACAUUGCAUCAACUAAACAUUGGAAAACUUGUUAUAUAUCUCUAGCUGAAUAAAUGCCCUCCCUCAGAAUAUUAAAUGUUAUAUGAAACUAGGGCAAUCAGGCGUUCUGUUGUAUCUGUCGUAUUAGUUUCUGAAAAUACUGCAUCAAUUAAACAUUGAGAAAAGUUGUUAUUGUCUCCAGUUAUGAAUAAAUA